CAUUUUUAACGGAUAUGACAUCAAUCCAAUUCCCCCUGACGUCACUGGAAAAUGGCUGACAAGAAUAAGGAUUAAAGAUUGAUCAUGUCAACCCUUGUUCACGCCGAACUCCUGCUGGAGCAGCUUAAAAAGCAAAGAGACCGGGGAUUUCUUUGCGACUGUACAAUUAUCGUUGGUCCGUCGCGAUAUCAAGCCCACCGCAAUGUUCUCGCAGCCUUCAGUGAAUUUUUCGCAUCUCGAAUUGCGCUUGAAGCAGAGGGCGUCACAACUUUAGACCCAGAAUGGGUGAACGAGGCAACGUUCCAGAGACUUUUGACCUUUGUAUACACUGGGAAUCUGAAUAUUGAAAGUAAUGAUAAUGUUUCGGACAUACGCAAAGCAGCCGCCUUCUUGGGAAUGCAAGAAGUGCUGAACCAGUGUGAUCGCCUCUGCCAGAAUGACGAGAAACCUAGUUUGGAUGCGAUCAUACUGGCUUGCAACGCUGUGGCAGCGGCAGAGGCGGCAGUGGAAGCUGCAGUAGAGCGUUCUGCUCCAAGCCCGGAGCCUGUUGACACACUUCCGCCCGUACCUGGAGUGGAGCAGAGUGAGGAACAGGAGAACACGGAGCAGAGUGAAUCCCAGGGGAAAAAGUCAUCCACUCAGACCACAACCGAGUCAUCCCCACUCAAAGAGCAGGCAGCAUCGACGGGUAAAAAGAGGGGCAGGAAGCCGAAACCCAAGCCCAGUGUUCAGACCCCUGUGGUGGAAGAGAGCAGUUCCCCCAGAGGUAGGGGAAGAGGCAGAGGUAGACCGAGUGGACGGGGAAGAGGAAGGCCGGUGGGUAGCGGAAGAGGAAGAGGACGUCCCCCAAAGAAGGUGACGGCAGAACCAGUAAGUGAAAUGCCCUCUGAUGAAGCUGAACCGAGCAAUGAAGUGGAAGCAGUCAGUAGCGUGGAUGACCCCGAUUUCACACCUGGAGAGGACGAUGACUCCCUGAACCCUGCCAAGAGACGCAGGAGCAACCGCAAGAGGGUCCCUAGCAAGAAGCUGAAGGAGAGUUCCGCCUCUGCCGCAGAGGUCGAAGUGGAGGUAGGAGAUGGCGAGGGGGAAGAGGAAGAGGAAGAUGGGGAGGAGGAGGAGGAGGAGGAGGGAGAAGAGGGCGAGGAGACCAACCUGCCCAGGUGUCGGCAGCAGGGCAAGAUCAAGCCCAUUUGCAGCAGUUGUGGCAAGCUCUUCUCUGAGUUGAGUAGCCUGCGCAGGCACAUGCGCAUCCACAAGGGCCUGAAGCCCUAUGAGUGUCAGCUAUGCAACCGCACCUUCAGACAGGGUAACCAGCUGAAGACACACAUGCGCAUUCAUACAGGAGAGAAGCCAUUCAAGUGCGACAAAUGUGACAAGUCUUUCGCUCAGAAGUGCCAGUUGGUUUUCCACUGCCGCAUGCACCAUGGCGAGGAGAAGCCUUAUCAGUGCAACGACUGUGGGCUGCAGUUUGCGACAUCAAGCAACCUCAAAAUCCACUGCAGGAAGCACAGUGGCGAGAGGCCGUACAACUGUGAGUUGUGUGGAAAGUGUUUUGCCCAGGCCAGCACACUGACCUAUCACAUGCGGCGGCACACAGGCGAAAAGCCGUACAUCUGUGACACGUGUGGUAGGGCUUUCGCCGUCUCCAGCUCCCUCAUAACUCACUCGCGGAAACAUGUAAAGGAGAGACAGAAAAAGGAAGAGGAGGAAGCUUCAUCCAAUGCCCCGUACCUGUGUCUGGUGUGUGGGAAGAGAUUCUUCACUACUGGAGAGCUGAGGAAACACAUGGACACUCAUGGAUAUAAACGGGUAAAAUGUGAUAUCUGUGGACAAAUGUUGGCCGAUUCGAAUGGUUUGAAGAAGCACAAGGAGAAGAAACACAGCAUUGUACUUGAAGAGACCGCUGAAGCCCUCCCUCUCAACAUCCCCAUUGACCACCAGGGGCUGAUUGCUCGCAUGUGUGCAUCUCCGCUUAACCCCUCCGACGUCACAGAGGCAACCAGCGUCACAUUCGAGCAGCUGGAAAUCCCAGCGGACUCUGCCACAUCCAUGGAAACCACGCAGAUCGUCAUCGUCCACACAAUCCAGGCAGAGUAACAGGACCUAGGGGGCACUACUGUGGAAGAGCAUCAUUUAAUUACAAAGUUGGAAGAAGUUUGGUGCCAAUACCGUGGCAUUAAUGCAGAAUAAUGCCGCUUCAGUCCAGAUUUUGAAUUAUUGCAUUGCAACCUCAAAGACAUUUUUUUGUUUAGCUUUGACGAAUUGACGAAUUAACGAAUUAACGUUAAUGGGGUUGUGUGUUAUAUUGUUUUAUUUUAUUUUUUAAGCAAGAAAAAGUGUGAAUCUUUGUGGUGUAAUACAAAAAUAGAAGACUACCCUAUACCUGCCCUCUUAUCACUUCUGAAUGGAUGGAAUGCAUGGAGUGUGUAAUUUUAAUAUAUAAUUAAAUCCUAACUUCUUUUUUUUGACAUUGCUUGAGAGGUAGAAGUAAAGGUUUGGUUAAUUUUUUUAAUCUUUAAAUCAUUCUGUAUACAACAACUUAGUCAAUGUCCACCACCAGUUGUGGUCAACCAGUCAACAUUCCUCAUUUGUGUAAAAUUAAGGAAUCUGUAAUAAAGGCAACCAUAAAUGUUCAGCAUUCCUCGCUGAAUCAUAUCAUGUGAGGAAUUAUAGCCCACGUUAACCAAAUUUAUACUUAAUUUCUCCCCCUUGCUCCAUGGUAUUUAAACUGGUAUUUAUUAAGAAAACUUAAGUUGCAUUUGUAAUAAAUAUCUCAAGUCAAGAUGUUAAUUUUAA